CAUUGAUAACACUCAGUGAACUAUCGUCGCGAAGGGCGUGCAGACGAGAAAAUGGCGAAAGUAUAUUUUUGUGUCGUUCUGUGCCUUCUAAGUUUAAAUCACAUCGACGCAGUGGAACUGGUGAACGGAAAAGUCAAGAUUACAGUGGGAACAACCUCAGGAUGUUCAGACACCAUGAAUUUCAUCACUAACCAGUUGGUCGAUACGUACAACACUUACAAAGAUUUCAUGGAAGUGGAAUUUGUGCCUUGGGGCAGGACGAGAUACGAACCAGAUGGCAGUAUGUGGUGUCAGUUUAACCACGUCGGUCACGAUUGCUUUGCAAAUCGUCUCCACAGGUGCGUGCUGGAUCAUUUACGAGGCGAUCAAGAUGCUCAGGUUGAGUACAUGGCCUGUGAGUUUGCGCCCCCUUACCCCGCAUUCCAACACAGGUCCUACGCUUGCGUUCAGUCCGCUGGGCUUCCUGUCGUCCCUAUAGACCACUGUGUAGAUUCUUCCGGACAAGAUUUGGACGAUGCCGCCCAAGCCGCCGCGGCUGAACCUAUGCAAAUUAUUAACUUCGUCCCGUCGAUCCAUUUCAACGAUGUUAUAGACCGCAGUGUGCAUGACCAGGCCAGAAGAAGACUAAAAAGCAUGAUAUGCUUCGCUUUGGCAGAAGACUCGAGCACCGGCGUCACCGACUGCCAAAUUUAAAACUUCCAACUCAGUUACCGUUUCAAGAGCCUCUCGAUCGCAAGAAAUAAAAGUUUUAUCUUAGCUGGCUUCAGCGUCGGGAGGAUUUUGGGAUAUUCGCGCUAAAUAUCCAACUUUUGCCGCCUUGUAAUCGACGAACUUGUGCAAUUGGACAAUCGCCGGCGGAGAUACGGCUAAUAGCUGGUAAUUCUUGGAGAUAAGAGCGGUAAUAACAGCUCCAUUCGUUAAUCUGAAUGGUAACACUUUAUGUGUGUUAAUUAUCUUGCCAAAUACGUAUUGUUCAAUCUAAAAUCUGACUCAGAACCUAUGCUUACAACAUUAAAUAUUAAAAUGCUUAUUAGACAAAUACAGCUAAAAUAUAUUUUUUAUAUAUGGUAAACUUUAA